AUGUGCCAUCUGCCAGUGGGAGUUGAGCACCAAGCUUACUGGGCAAUCAAGGAAAUGAAUAUGAAUACCGAGUCUGGAGCCGCAGAAAGGAGGAUGCAGUUACAGGAGCUGGAAGAACUUCGUCUGGACGCCUAUGACUCUGCCAUGUGUCCAUUUCUAGUACAAUCAAAUUCAGAUGAUCCAAGAAACCACAGCAUUUCCCAAAGAAUUGUAAUGCCUGAAUCCAUUUCCAAUCAUGGAAUCCAUUCGAAGGCUGCAGAUUUUCUUGUCUUCAACACCUACAUAUGGUGGAUGAACAAUCAAACCAUCAAAAUCAUACUGGGAUCGUUUGACCAAGAAUCAGCAGAUUAUGAGGAGGUACAACGGUGUACAGCAUAUGAAAGAGUCAUGACAACAUGGGCUGAUUGGCUAAUGCACAACGUUAAUCACACUCGAACCGCAUCUUACUUCAUCACCAUGUCUCCAGUUCACUGGCAGAGCUCUAACCGGAACAACCCUGAUGGGGCAGUCUGUGCUCGUGAAACGACACCAAUCAUGAACACAACAAUGGAGCUAGACAUGGGGAUAGACAGGCGGCUACUUGACAAUCAAGAAGAAGGGAUCCCAGUGGAUCUGAUCGAUAUCACGACACUUUCAGAGUAUAGAAAGGAUGCUCAUACCUUAGUAUACACCCUUCGUCAAGGUAAACUUUUGCUACCAGAACAGAAGGCUAAUCCUGCUACAUUUGCUGAUUGUCUGCAUUGGUGUCUUUCUGGUGUUCCUGAUGCGUGGAACGAGCUGCUCUACACACACAUAAUAUCCAGAUCCUGA